AUGGCUACAAAAUGUGAGGGUCCAACGAUUGGUAUCGACCUCGGAACAACUUACUCGUGUGUGGGAGUUUGGCAACACGGUCGUGUUGAGAUUAUAGCUAAUGAUCAGGGCAAUAGAACAACACCGUCUUACGUUGCUUUUACGAACAAUGGGCGUUUAAUUGGUGAUGCAGCCAAGAAUCAAGUAUCCAAGAACCCCACCAACACUGUAUUUGAUGCAAAGCGCUUGAUCGGUAGGAAAUUCAGCGAUGCCUCUGUUAGGAGUGACAUGAAGUUGUGGCCUUUCAAGGUUCGUGGUGUCGGGGAUAAACCCAUGAUUGUAGUUAACUACAAGAAUGUUGAGAAAAAAUUUGCUGCUGAAGAGAUAUCUUCCAUGAUUCUCGUUAAGAUGCGUGAAAUAGCAGAAGCCUACAUCGGAUCGACAGUAAAUAAUGCUGUUGUAACUGUUCCAGCAUACUUCAAUGAUUUUCAACGUCAGGCCACAAAGGAUGCCGGUGUAAUUGCAGGGAUGAAUAUUAUCCGUAUCAUCAAUGAGCCAACCGCUGCCGCCAUUGCCUAUGGUCUUGACAGAAAGGGAAAUACUGUUGGCGGAAAGAACGUUCUUAUAUUUGAUCUUGGUGGUGGUACAUUCGACGUUUCCCUUCUCAAGAUUGAAGAGGGAAUUUUUGAGGUGAAAGCUACAGCUGGAGAUACUCAUCUUGGAGGUGAAGAUUUUGACAAUAGAAUGGUGAAUCAUUUCGUACAAGAGUUCAAGAGAAAACAUGAAAAAGAUAUCAGUAAGAACCCCAAAGCACUAAGGAGAUUGAAAACAUCUUGUGAAAGAGCAAAGAGAACUCUUUCUUCUACCGCUCAAACUACCAUUGAGAUUGAUUCUUUAUUUGAAGAUAUUGACUUUUACACGACAAUAACAAGAGCAAAAUUUGAGGAUAUCAACAUGGAUCUCUUUGUAAAAUGUAUGGAGCCUGUGGACAAGUGUUUGAGAGAUGCUAAAAUGGACAAAAGCAUUGUUCAUGAUGUUGUUCUCGUUGGGGGAUCUACUAGAAUCCCAAAAAUACGACAACUAUUACAAGAUCUUUUUAAUGGUAAGGAGCUUUGCAAGAGCAUCAAUCCUGAUGAAGCGGUUGCAUAUGGUGCGACCGUACAAGCUGCAAUUUUGAGCAUUGAGGGAUAUAAUGAGAAAGUUCAAGACUUGCUAUUGUUGGAUGUCACUCCACUUACUCUUGGUUGCGAGGAUUAUAAAGGACAUAUGACUAUUGUUGUCCCAAGAAACACUACCAUCCCUACCAAGAAACAACGAUCUGUCACAACCGUCGUAACUGCACAAUCAUGUAUCCAGUUUGAUGUGUAUGAGGGGGAAAGCCCAAUAGCCAAACAGAACAGAUUGUUGGGUACAUUUGAGCUUUCACACAUCCGUCCUGCUUCAAAGCGUGUUCCUGAUAUCAGCAUUUGCUUUGAGAUUGAUGCCAAUGGAAUCUUGAUUGUCUCCGCCGAGGAAAAAUCAACAAAUAAUAAGAGCAAGAUCACAAUCACCAAUAACAUCAAAGGCAGUUUAUGCAAGGAGGAAAUUGAGAAGAUGGUCGAUAAGGCAAAGAAGUACAUGUCCGAUGACGAUGAUUAUAAGAAGAAAACGGAGGCUAUGGUUGCAUUAGAAAACUAUGCAACCAACAAGAUGGACACAGUUCAUAAUCGCUCAAACCUCAACCAAGAAGACAAGAAAAGAAUCGUGGAUGCGGUUGAAAAAGUCAUUGAGUGGCUUGAUGAGAAUGAGAAUCAUCUUGCUGAAUGUGAAGAAUAUGAGGAUAAGCUGAAAAAGCUCGAUAACUUGUGCAGUCCCAUACUGAACGACAAGAAUGAAUAA